GUAGCAGUGAAAUAUGUCACAAAGACAGAGAAUGUAGAAUACAUCAGUAUCCCGGGUCAUUCCAAGCCCCUCCCACUAGAGGUUGCACUGCUCGUCCUCGCCAACAGAGGCCCCUGCAUUCCAGAAAUAAUCCAGCUGCAGGACUGGCAGGACCAGCAUGACCAUUAUAUUAUGGUGAUGGAGCGUCCCUCCCCCUGCGAGGACCUGUUUGCUUUUGCAGAACGCCAUGGAGGCAGCAUUGAUGAAGCCUUAGCUCGUGUCAUCAUGCGGCAGGCAACACAGGCUGCCUACAUGUGCUGCCGCCGUGGCGUUCUACACAGCGAUAUUAAACUUGAAAAUCUGCUCAUUAAUAAGGAGACCCAUGAAGUCAAGCUAAUUGACUUUGGGUGUGGCGACCUCCUUAAGAAAUCGGCCUACAAGAUAUUCACUGACACUGAUCAGUACUGCCCCCCGGAGUAUAAGGAGAAGGGCGAGUACAAUGGGAAGCCAGCAACAGUCUGGUCUCUUGGUGUUCUCUUGUUCGCAUUGGUGUGUGGGGAUUAUCCCAACACUGAUGACUUAAACAAGAUCAAUGCGAACAAUUUCUCCAAAGCUGGCUUGUCAGAAGGUCACAGUUGUGGAGAAUCCGAAAACAAUGUAAAGAAAAGGACAGAAACCCUUGGAGUGGCUCUGCAGUCAUGUCCCCAAAGGUUCUUGUCAAAUCAUCAAGCAAGGCGACUUCACCCUAGAGCUCCCUGUCCUAGCCCCCAACAUGUUCCUGUCAAUGUUGUGUCAGAGGUUGAGCCUCGUCAGAGCUAGUACCUGUCUCCAACUUCCACGUCCCAAGAUGUUCCAAUCUGUUUGGCCCUAGUCAUAGCUGUUCCCAAGGCAGUCCUGGUACUAGGGAAUACAGUUUCCCCAAAGAUUCCUGCCACAGAGCCAGUGCCAGAGAUCACACCAGUUCCAAAGUCUCCUGUCUUUGGCGACCCUGUACCACAGCUCCCUAUCUUGGGCUUCCUGAAACCCAGGGGUUUGUGCCAUUCUGUGUGUCAGAUUUGUAGUCUUUAGUGACAUCAUUAAAAUGUAUGUGAAAGUAAAUGUCUUAGCUCCCUUCUAUGGCUACCAUAGAGGGAAAUGUUAUGGCCCCAGUCAACGCCAGAACCUAAAGCCGGCUCCUUGUUUUGGUGUGCCUAUGUCUUUGUCCCUAAGGUUUCCUGGAGCCAAUCGAUAUUUCCUGUUACAGCCAUCUCAGAUGUUCAUGGAAUGGCAAGGGUUGCCACUGUCAUGGACAGCUUGGUCCCCAAGGUCCUGAACAUGCUACUCUGAUCUCAGAGCUGUCCUUUCACACCUGCCCUUGUUUAUGUAAUCACCCUAGUCAAAUCAGUGUCCAUUAUUGGCUUAGUUCUAGAGCUCAGUUUUAGACUGCCCAAUUUUCCGAGCUCCCCAUCCAGCAAUGUUCCUGUCACUAGGUUCCUUUUAUGGACCUUGCCAAAGCCAUGCCCAUGGUCUCCUCGGUCCCAGAGCUCCCUAUUUCUAGUUGCCUCAGGCCGCUCUAGUCCAAGUGUUUCCUUCCACUCAAAUGUUAGUGUCAGGACUGCCUCAGAUGUUCCUGUCUCUGCCUCUUGAGGUAUUUAACUAGAAUGGCAUGAGGCCAUCCCAGUUCCAGAUAUCCCUGUCUGAGGCCACCACAGUCACAGAGCUCCCUCCACACUGCCAUAGGUCACUGUCACUGCCUAUAGGUUCCUGUCAUGGACCCAUCCAGAGCCCAAAGCCUUCCCUGUCCUGUCCUGUCACUGCCAUCUUUAUAGCCAACGCUCAAAGAUACCCUGUCUUCAGAUGCCCUGGUCCUGCCUCGAUCUUCAUUCAAAAUAAACAAUAAAGAACAUA